AUGGUGGAACACUGGCUCGGCCCACCGGUCGGUUCUGUAUGGCAUCUUCUGGACCGCCCAGUCCAAGCCGAGAGUGAUCCGUUUGUGUUAGGCGAAGGCUUGAUUCAGGCGGUUCCUAAAGAGGGGAGGGCAAUGCGUGAGGCUGGUUUCACAGAGCAGCGAUCACCUCCCUCUCUCGGCAGUGGACGGAUAACGGAUCAAAGCCACUCAGGUCCACAUGGCCUGCGCGUGUACCGAGAUGCGACCAUCCAACAGUCUCUCUUGUUUCAAAGCACACUUGUUGCGUCGUCUGAUAUAUACACCAUACGAUCUUUGUUGGGAUGCACCGAACAUUUUCUCUAUGUUGUUCUCUAUAACCGGGACCACAAGGAUUACCGUUUGUAUACUCUCUGCCGGAAAGCUAACGGCAAACACAGCCGCUUGGCCCUUAUCCCUUGGCUUCCCGCUGUGCCUCGACGUGGACGCUUUGUGGCAGUGGGUUCAAAGAUAUAUGUGUUUGGUGUGAUCAACGACAACUAUGACAAUAUGACAUCGACUGCGUACAGCAUUGACUGUAGAUCUCACACUGUGCAACCACUCCCGAGCAUGCCGCAUCUGUUCCGGUUUGAAACAGUAGCUGACAUCAUCGAUGACAAAAUAUAUGUAAUUGGACGUAAUUACCUUAAAGAAAUAACAGUGGUGGUGGUUGUUUUCAAUACAAAAACACAGAUGUGGGAGCCUGGGAUGACAAUUCUAGACAAGCCUGUAGGAAGUGUCAUAGGGAUCAGGUAUGGUUGUGUGGUGAUGGCUAAUAAGAUUUACGGGAUGGAUUUUGUAUAUGACCCAAAUGAAACUAAAUGGGAAACGCCCGACGAGACGCUGAGUUCGAAGAAGUGGUAUCAUGCGUGUUUCAUUGAUGAUGUUAUGUACUACUAUGAUUUGGUUGAGAACAAGUUGAUAGCAUAUGAUUCUAAGAAAAGGUGUUGGAAGGCAGUCGAAGGAUUGGAAGAACUGUUGGCCGUGAUAAGAGUUCGAAAGUUGUUUAAGACUCUGAGAUACGGUGAGAGACUGUUGUUUUUGUUUUCUAUAGAAGAAACCAUUGGGGUAGCAGAAGAGAUUUGUUGUGCAGAGAUUUCAAUGGAAAGACGCCAAGGAGGUCAGAUUUUUGGAAAAGUUGAGUGGUUUGAUCGUGAUUUGAUUACUGGAAAUUUUGACGUUAUAAAACCUCUAGAUGUUAUGCUUUGA